AUGGAAAAGUUCCCAGAAGACCGCGAGACCGACCCCAGCCCUUCGCCACCAGUUGACGUUCGACCAGACGCACUGCAGCUAUCCAACGAGCCUCUAGUGCACACAUAUCCUGAUGGCGGACGCAGAGCAUGGUUGACGGUCGCUGGGGCCUGGUGUUGCAACUUCGCCUCCUUCGGCUGGACAAGCAGCAUUGGGGUCUUUCAGGCCUACUAUUCCCAGAACCAACUUUCUUCCUACUCCUCGUCGUCAGUGUCUUGGAUCCCGUCAGCCAAUGUCUUCAUGCUUAUAGUUCUCGCUCCGGUCUUCGGCAAGAUUUUUGACGACUAUGGGCCCCGUUUCGCCGUUAUCGUAGGCGCAACUGCUCAUAUUCUUGGACUCGUCUUUCUCAGCCUCAGCGAUGAAUAUUACCAGAUCUUCCUUUCGCAGAGUAUCCUGUCGGGUAUUGGGGCGUGUUCUCUGUUCUACUCGGGAAUGAACGCUGUCAGUACCUAUUUCAAGGUGAGAAGGGCUUUGGCUAUCGGUAUCGUCGCGAGCGGCUCCUCUUUGGGUGGUGUCAUUCAGCCAAACCCACUUCACUCUCUAAUGGCGCAUACUGCUCGCAGAAUUAUGUUCAACAACCUCAUUGCAGAUGGCUUAAGCUUUGGAUGGACAAUACGCGCGCUCGCUCUGACUUUCCUUAUCCUCCUCGCCUUUGCCAGCUUAGUGACGACCUCAAAUCUCCAUCAUAAACCAACGCCGGUCUCCUUCAGAACAUUCAUUAACCCAUUCACCGAGCUGAAAUUUGUUUUGCUCGCCCUAGCUGCUUUCUUCGUCUUCUGGGGAGUCUUUAUCCCAAUCAACUAUAUCGUUGUUUACGCCGAAAGCCUUGGCAUGUCAACAAACCUAUCAAACUAUCAACUUGUUAUUCUAAACGCCUCGAGCGUCCUCGCGCGCAUCCUAUGCGGCCUAAUAGCAGACAAAUACGGCUUCUUCAACACAAUAAUCAUCAACGUCGCAAGCAUCGUAAUAUUUAUCUUCGCGCUCUGGUUCAUAAACACAUCCGGCACAACAAUCGCUUUCGCAAUACUCUACGGCUGGGGCUCAGGGUCAUUCAUCUCGCUGCUCCCCGCGUGCAUUGCUCAGAUCUCUGAUAUAAGAGAAAUCGGCGUGCGCGUUGGCAUGACGUACUUUGUCGCGAGCUUUGCUUGUCUUACGGGGAAUCCGAUUAGUGGCGCGCUUAUUCAGGGCGGCGGGGAGGAGACUGCCGAUGCGGAGGAUUAUCGCUACAUGCAAGUGUUUUCGGCGGUCGUUGUGGCUGUCGGGUUGGUGUUUUUUGUUGCUGUUAGGAUGUUCCAGAAACGGGAACUUUGGGUGAAGGUUUAA